UAAAUUCCAGAGGUUUGCAGAUAGAAAUCAGCUGAAGAGGAGAAAGACGACUGAGCAGCAUCUUCUGAAGCAAGCCUUAGCCUUGAGCUUCACCAAAGCAGUUAGCAUCAGACUUCUGCCUGCCUGAAGCUACCCUCCAGAUCCAAGCUUAACUUAAGGUGACCUAUUACAAAAAUAAUCAACCGGGAAUCUGUCACCAUGAAGAUUGCCAUUCUUUGCCUGUGUCUUCUGACCAUCGCCUUUGCCCUGCCAAUCAGUAAGUCAAGACAUCAUGAUGACUCGGGGAGCUUGGAAAGGAAACAUGAGCACCGCCAUCAUGCUCACCCACAUCACCACCACCGCCACCACAAUUCACAGAGCCAUGAGCACAGCCGUGAGCAUGUGAAUAGCCAUGAAUCACAAGAGCAACAAGUAUCUGCUCAGCUGAACUCUAUGUCUUCAGAAGAAAGCGAUGAGAUCACAGAGCAACAGACUCUUUUGGUACCUUCCAGUAGAAGCAAAGAAGAUGACCAUGACCAUAGUGAUGUGGAUGAUGACGACGACGAUAAUGACCACACUGACUCCCAUGAAUCGGAUGAAUCACAUGAAGUUGUUACAGAUUUCCCUACUGAUGCUCCUUUUACCCUACCAGUCACUCCAGAUACCUUUACCGGCAGAGGAGAUAGUGCACCUUAUGGAUUAAAGUCCAAAGUUGAUCUGGUGCACUUUGAGAAGUCCAAGAAAGUGUACAAAAAGUCUGGAAAGUUCGAUUCUCAUGAUGUUACCGACGACUUUGACAGCUCACCGGAUGUAGAGAGUCAUGAAUCCUACUCCUCCAAAGCCCAUUCUACGGAAAGUCAUGACACAAGUGUAGAAAAAGAUGAUGCAAGUCACCUGAGAGAUAGCAAUGAGGUUCUCAGGGCAUCCCGUGACAAAAGCCUGGAGAACAACAGCCGGCAGAAACUUGAGAGUGCCGAGUAUGAUCAUGAUGAUGCUGACCAUGACAACAUCAAGUUGGCCAUUGCCCUGGCAAGCCAUGAGAGCAGAGAGUAUCUGAAAGACCGUAGUGUGGAACUCCGACAGGUAGACCAUGACCAUGAUGUGGAUGAUGUCAGCAAUCAAUCUUUGGAAAAUGUUGAGGAUCACCACAGCGUUGAGGAUCACCACAGCGUUGAGGAUCACCACAGCAUUGAGGAUCACCAUAGCGUUGAGGAUAAGCACAGUGUUGAGGAUAAGCACAGUGUUGAAGACCAUCAUAGUAUUGAACAUCCCCUCAGCGUUGAAGACCACCACAGUGUUGAAGACCACCACAGCAUUGAGGACAACGAGGUUACCCUGUAGAUGACAGGAAAGUAGGUUCCACACCUACUUAAGAGCACUCCCUGAAUUUUCGCAUGACUGGGUGCAGCUAUGAUCAAAGCCCAAAUCCAUCACGGAUGAAGGCUUUAGUUUUUAAUAUUUGUUUUGCUGAGUUAGAGAAGAAGGAAGGAGAAAGGGCAAUGAAACUCUUACUUGAACGAUUGCUCCACAUUAUAUAUCACACAUCUGAUUUUGAGCUGUAUCAAUAAUAGGCAGCAUUUUGUUAGCCAGGCAAAUAUAAAACCUGAUCUUUUGCAUGAUUACUUGGAAGUAAGUCUCACUGAUUUCAGAGGGGAUUACUCCUAAGGAAGCAUGCUUGGGAGUUUAGUCUUAAUUGUAUAUCACUAGCAGUUCUGCCCAGUAGAGAAUUGUUAGCCCUUCUUGCUGCAUAUUUCCCUACUCUGUUAUAAAGGGGGAAACAAGAGAAAGAGAGAUGUUAGGGGUUUAAAAAAAUCUAGUUUUACACUAAGAGUGAAUGUUAUGUGUCCUAAGAUACUGUACUUCUAAAAGGUUUAAUGUUGCAAUGUAUAUUUUGUUGAUAAUUGUGAGUUAAAUAAAAAGACAAAAUCUUA